CUGAGUGCUUGCAUAUGUCCUGUCAUAGUUUACAUACCUGACCUCCCUCAGGAUCUUAACUAGUGUCUUCUGACAGUAUUAAAGAUGACUGGGAUCCAGUACCUGGUUUGUCUGUGGACUCUGUUUAUCACACAGACUGGUUUUGUACGCGGUGAAAUUCAGUUCAUGAGGAGGAAUGAGGGGGAAUCUGUGGUUCUUCCCUGCGUGGCUGAGCAAAGGAAACCUUCAACCUUUGGAGUCUACCUGAAGCGCAGCUGGCUGAAUCCCCGUGAUGUGCUGUUCAUGUACACCGAAAGCAGCUUCAGUGUGGAUAACAAUGAAGACAAGAACCGCAUCAGUGUCAGUGGAGACCCGAGCAUCCACUCUUUGAAUGUGACCAUCUCACAGCUGAAAGGCAGCGACACUGACCGUUACUACUGUGAGUUUAUGGUGAAAAACCCAUCCGCUGAAGAUGAACGAAUUCCUGCAAAGACUGAGUUCUUCCUCCUUGUAGAUGCUGAUGCCCCCGGGUCGGUGGACAUAGGGUUGGUAGAGACGUGUUCUGGGGGCUCAGCCGUACUCCCCUGUCUCCCCCCACACGGGGAAAACUCGGCUGUGGAGGGGGUGAGUCUAAAGCGGCAGAGGGACCGGGCGCCUGUGGAGGUGUUGUACCACUCAAAGCGUCAACACGGCAGCAGUCCUCCAUCCUCCUCCUCCUCCUCCUCCUCCCAGUUCCCUGUUGAGAAGGUCCAGCUGUCCUCGGCGCCCGGUCCCAGGGGCAUCACCUACAACCUCACCCUGCAGCAGCUGCAGCCAGAGGACAGCGCCCUGUACAGCUGCCAGCUGCUCCUGCGUGGCGGGCCCAACACCAGCACCAAUCUAGGGAGACAUGUGUUCUUUGUUUCUGUGCAAGGAGGUCCGUGUGGCUGCUUCAACUACUCCACCCUGCUAUAUGCUUUGUCCUCAGCUGUGGUCAUUCUCCUUCUCUUCCUCCUCGGAUUUGUGGUGGUCUAUAAAGGCAAAGCAUGCCGCAGAGUCAAGUCACAGCCUCAGGCCCCCAUCUAUGAGGAGAUGACAGGGGUCCAGCCUGCCAGUCGAAAACUGCACCCCCGGCAUCUGGAGGAAAUGGAUUCAUCGGAGUACACAAACUGUCUAGUGAAGAAAUCCUGUCCUGAAAACCAUUACGAAAGCCCUCGUGGGGCCCUCGGCCCCAAGAGUGAGUCUCAGAAAUGAAAUAUUAGACUUUGUCACCAGCAUUGUAAACUAGACCAACUUAUCAACUCAACUGCCUGGAACUCUCUAGACUCUUAAUGGCACUGUAAGUUUCUCCAACAGAUUGUAAAGAGAGAUUCUCCCUGUACUGUUUUUUUAUCUCUUAUUUUGGACUGUUGAUAGUUUGACAUAGUGAGUCUGUAUUUUGGAAUGUAAAUCUUGACUGCCACUGUCUGUUUUUGUCUAUUUCAGAUAAAUAAAAACGUGCAUGAGCGACAUGCUUGUACUCAA